CGAAAUUGUGUUUCAGCCUCAAGUAUGUAAACUGUCAACAACAAUCUGAUUUUUUUGACGUUUUGAUAACCAUACAAACACGCAUAGACAAGCCACAAUGGAACGUUUAUCAUAUCAAGUUGCAGUUAAGAAAGCGCAACUCGUCGAAAGAAAUCCAAUGCCAAAUGGUGUGGGCAUCAUAGAUCCUAGUCGAGUAUCAAUGCAUGAUGCAAAUGAUAUUAUUUCAUUGGCAACACAAAUUCAACAAGCCGAUCAACAUCUCCAAUCGAAUGCUUGUGGAAAAUUAACUCUUAUCCUUGAUCAGAUAAAAAUGCUCCAAGCUCAAGCUGCUUCGAUUUUACAAGAAACCGAAGAAAGUCGCAUUCUACAUGGUGCCGCUUGUAAUUUCGCGAAAAAGCCUGGAACUAUCUAUCAUCUUUAUCAAAGGUCAUCGGGUCAACAUUAUUUUAGCAUGUUAUCUCCAGCAGAAUGGAAUGGAGCAUGCGAUCACAAGUUUGUUGGAAGCUAUCGGCUAGAAUUUGAUUCAAGCUGGACGCCUAUGGACAAGAUCGUAGAACGUGACGAAAAGAUGCAAUGGGCACAAAAAUGCCUUAAGGCUCCGUAUCCAGAGAAGCAUACUCAACUUUCCAUUGAAAGUACAUUUUUAGAGAAAAUGGAAUGAGGUUGAAGGGAGAGGAAGUGUGAUUAUAGAAAUAUUUUUAUUUUAUGCCUUUUUUCUAAGUUAGGACGAAAUUUAUAUUAAGCAUGAAUAACUUUUGUUUACAAGUUUUGAGAAAAUAUUCAUUGGAACAAAAAUCCAAAGCAAGUGAGACUUAACUGUGUCUAGAUACACCAAAAAUACCUAUUUGUUGCAAGUUCUCAAUUAACGAAAGCGAAUUAAACUUAUUUUGCUAAGAAUGUACCUCAAAUAAAUAUAAGCCUUGAAAAUGUU